GACCCUGUCAGCCCAGCAUGCAGGAUGUGAGUCAGAAAGGUGCAAAGCCUCGGCUGACAGUUGGAUCCAGACAGGUGCCACCAAAUGCCUUCAACCUCUACAGAUCUUACUGUAAGAAUCCAUCACCAUGGAAACCUGAGGAUUGACUCACUGCUCUAUUGAGUCUAUUGUCUUGUUCUCCCUCAGGACUUUUAGAUGUUUUUUUUUUCUCUCGCUCUGCAUCAGAUGAUAUUCGACCCGCUUUGGUAACAGGGAUCAAACAAGCAGCUCUGAACGCUUUAUUGGUCCUGCGGUUGGAGUGUGCACACAAAGGGUGGAGUCGGAGCUGCUAUUUUUUUUUUCCACCCACAGGGAUCAAAUCUGAACUUGAAGAGCCGCAGGAGGAAAUCGAAGUUGAGCUGAGGCCCCCGGAAACAUUUGAGAUGCGUUUGAGAGCCCCGGUCUGCGGGGCUGCCGGGCCAAAUCACUUUUAAGAUUGACCCGUGCGGUGAGUGAGUGCAGCCAUGCGGCGCACCGCGUUGGCGCUUCCACGCGUCCAGCCCUCUCCGCGGGCGGCGCGUAAAAGCGAGUGGCUCCGCAGCGCCCUGGCCCAUCACCACUGCCCCGAUCCGGCAGCAGAGAACGAAAUCGUCGUUCUCGCCACCGGAAUCGAUCAGUACCUGCAGGAGGUCUUCCACCACCUGGCCCUUCCCAGCUUGGACGACACGGUGUCCGGGCAGGACUUCGCCGCUCUCUGCGCCGUGCUGGGACUUCCCGGAGCUCAAAGGACGCCGGAAGCGGAGGAUGGAAGCGGCGAUGGCGGAACGGAGCAGCAGCACCAGCAGCAGCAGCAGCAGCAGUGUGAGGAGUUCGCGGAGGUUUGUUCAGGUUUACCCGAGCGGCUUUCGUUUAGAGACUUUCACUCGCGGCUCUGCGGGUGUUUCCGAGUGCGCAGUGCGCCCGGAGUCGGCGGGGGUCGCGCCUGGCGUCUGCCGGUUUCCGAGGACACGGAGCUGGUGGAGAGGCAGAUCCGGCUCCGGUGGCCCCGGAUCCGGCGGAGGAAGUGUGUCAGUUUUGACCUGGGUCGAGAUCAGACCGGAACCAGGAGCAGAUCCGUGAAAAGCGGAGCCCAGGAGGAACUCCGUGAGCAAGAUGAGGUUGGCGCUCUCAGGGAGCUGGUUGAGGACCUGCGCUCUGCUCUGCAGGGGAGCGACGCUCGCUGUCUGGCCCUGGAGGUGGCCCUCAGACGGGAGAGGAGCCGGACCCCUGCCGGCCCUUGCAGCCACAGUGCCACUCUUUCCAUUCCCACACCCUGCGGCGCGCUCACGCAGGGGAAACAGGGACAAACCGACAGACCUAAAAGCCAGCCUGAUGGGACGAGGAAGGGACCGAUGAGGUGGGACAUCAGAGACCCCCUUCUGAGGGAGCUGAAACUGAUUCGGUCAUCACGUGAUGGGCAGUUAGAGGAGGCCAUCAAAUUCAAUGAGUGUUUGGAGGAAGAGCUGCAGUGGGCGUACCAGGAAGUUCGCAAGCUGCAGGGGUUGGAGUCGUCCCUGAGGAGGGAGAACAACCAGAUCAGGAAGCGGGCGGAGGAAGCUAGAGAGGCUCUCAAUGUGGGGCUGCAGAGGGUUCGGCUGAUCCAGGAACAGGCCCAGUUGGUGCCGCAGCUCCAGUCCAAGAUCACCCAGCUGGAGACGGCACUGCUGCGGUACAGAAUCGGCUGCACCUGCCUCUCUGAGAGCCAGUCAAGUCAACCUGAGGACCCGAGUGAUGCAGAGGGUCUGCAGCGGGCGGUGGAAGGGAGAGCUGCCUCUGAUGAAGAGGAAGAUGAUGGGAGUCUGAAGGAGACAGGAAACUGUUGCUCCUCACAGGAGAAGAGCGUCGUCUCACGCGGUCCUGGCUGUGGCGAAGGAUGUCAGAACAACACGGCCCAUCAUCUUGUCUCCCUGAGUCGCUUGGAGCUCCGAAAGCGCCCCGGCUCUACUGCAGACGGCACAGACUGCUGCAGCGAGACGGGGCCAAAGCAAGGGGAGAAAAACAGAUGUGGACACUUUGGAAAGGUAAAGAGGCCUGAGGACGAGGCGGAGAAGACGCGUCUGUCUCUGCUGGAGGACAAACUCACAGAUUCACUCACUCUGCUGCUACAGCUGCGCAACACGAAUGUGUCACGCAAAGUCCUGGAGAAAAUGGUGGUGGGCAGUCUUGGUGUCCGCAGCAAAGCUGAAGCUGGUCAACCACAGGCCCUACAGGCCACUGGUGCUGACGGCCUCAGCAUCCACUUGACCCCCAGCGACCUUCCCAAAGGAAAAGGGGAGGAUGAGAGAGGAGGGCAGAAUGGAGAGAAACAUCUGCAUCCACCUUCAGGAUGUCAAACAAACAAUAUGAACUCUCUGCUUAUCUCUGGUUAACAAGCUAACCUCUGUCAUUCAUGUUUUAUACUGUUUACUAAAUACGCCUACCUAAUCCAAACUGCUAUUUUACAUGUAUUUAAUUUAAAUAAUAUUUACAUUGAGCACUUGUGUAGAAAUAAAGAGUUCUAAUGAUGUACAUGUAUGCAUUUUGGGUUUCUGAACUUCAUUGUAACCUACCUCAGUCACUGGCUGCUCAGUCAAUAAAGCAGAUCUACUUAUA